AUGGAGCCUCUCACAACUACUUAUCCUCUAAAAAACUCAAAUCGCAAGGCAAGAGUCUUUGUUGUUUUUCUGUCAAUGGUUUUGUGUACUGCCAUUCUCUGCCUGCUGCAAGUCAGAUUUUUUAAACCUAAAAUGAAAGAUUUUUAUUCUUUUGAAGUCAAGGAUUCACGAGGAAGGAUUGUUUCCUUGGAGAAGUACAGAGGAAAAGCAACUUUGGUUGUAAACGUGGCCAGUUACUGCCAACACACAAACAAAAAUUACUUCUCACUGCAAGAACUACACAGAGAGUUUGGUCCCUCCCACUUCACUGUGCUGGCUUUUCCCUGCAACCAGUUUGGAGAAUCAGAGCCUAGUUCAAGCCAGGAAAUAGAAUCUUUUGUCAAAGGAAAUUAUGGAGUAACCUUCCCUGUUUUCCACAAAAUCAAGAUCCUAGGAUCAGAAGCAGAGCCUGCCUUUAAAUUUCUUAUAGAUUCUUCAAAGAAAGAACCUCGAUGGAAUUUCUGGAAGUACCUUGUCAACCCUGAAGGUAAAGUUGUGAAAUUUUGGAGGCCUGAAGAAUCCAUAGAAAGUAUUAAGCCAGAAGUAACAUCAUUAAUCAGGCAGAUUAUCAUGAAAAAAAGAGAAGACCUCUGA